AGCUGGUAUAUAUGUAUCAUUCUUGAUAUACGUAAACGUCUCGUCGUUAAAUUAUUAAUUUUUGUUUAAAUUAUUGUAAUAUUACGUAACAAUUUAGACUCACUGAUUGUUAUAAUCAAUAAAGCGAUCCACGUGCGGUGCCUCAUGUUAUCGCAAAAUGAUUCAGUUGGGAGCAGUGCUUAACGUACUUCGCAGUUGUAGUAGUUCGCGGUUUUAAAAUGCUCACACGAGUGGCAAAAUGAAUAAGAAACAAUACUAAUUUCAUAAUACGAUUCCAAAUUGCGCUGUCACUGUGUUCUUUCAAUAAAUCACUCUUUAUCACGCGUGCAAUUUAAUCUCUCAUGCACAAUCUCUUGGACGAUCAUAUAGAAAAACUGUGAGAUUUGGCGCCAGUAUAACCUCAUCUUCAAGCCGCGAGAACGACUUUUAAAUGCGACUUUCACUGAUGAUAUUUCGGUAGCUCGCAUGAGAAAUGAAGGAGCUAGAAGAAGUCAACUGCGAGAUUCGCAGGAUCAUUAACCUUCAAUUUCCCAUGUUAAACCGGUUGAGGAAUUUAGAGACAGAGGAACAUGGUCAGUCUGCAAUCUCACAAGAACAUGACAACGUUACUGAUUGCCGCGGAGGAUUCUUGCACAAUGCAACAUAUGCAUGGCUGAGUUACGGAUGCCAUUUAGUAGUCUUUAAUGUGAAAAUAGGAGAGAGCGUUAGCAGUUGGACAUUUCGCGGUAUUGUAACGUCUGUUUCUCAAUUACCGGCGCAAUCUGGAGAAUUUCCUUUGCUCCUUGUUGGAAUAGAUAAUUAUGCAAGCAGAUUGAAGGAUUCCUCCGGGUUAUUAUGCAUAUUUGAUUGUACUGCAUCUCGUGUCUUAAGGGCAAUUCGUAUACCAUGCGGCGUAGAACAAGUAUGUGUUGUAACAGGCGGCGCGGAAUGGGAAGAAUUCAAUGAUAAACGACCGGACAACAUAUUGAAUGAAAUGGAUGGUAUAGCGUGUGUAGUUUUACGUAAUCUUCAGCAUAUCAUGAUUGAUCUUCGAAGAUCUACAUGGGACAUACAUAAUUUAUCCACUGUUAUGGAUGAAUUGUCACCCGCAGAGAUAGAUCUGUCGACGAAACAAGUUGUUGGCAGACAUCAAUCCAAUAAAGAAAGACAUGCAGCUUACAACCUGCUAAACAGUCGUAUAGAAAAGCAUAUUGGCUUCAACCGAGAAAAUUUCGAAUCGUCUCCUUUACUCAGCGAAAAUUUGACCACUGCAAUCAUUAGUUCCAUGAAAAUUGGCUGUUUAAUUUCCGGCUGUUUGGGCAGAGUGAUAAUUUGGCAGAACGAUGGUUCUAUAGGAUGGAUCAGUGCGCCUAUAGACGACAUGGUAGUUACACAUCUAGCCCUACUGGAACCCACGGAUGAUCCCAGACCAUUUUAUUACCUAUGGGUCGUAUUCCAAGAUGAAUCAUCGAAAGCGCCACCGAUAUUACGAAUGUACGCCAUGCUAUUUGAAAGAAAAUACUGCGAUAGAGGAAUGAACUUGUACUUCAAUCUGGAAGCCGAUCCCAGUCUGAAGUUUGAGUCCGAAUUGAACGAGGGGGACAAAGUCGUCAGUUUGUGCACUGUCGAAAGAGAAUCCAAUCCAGAGCAAACCGAGUCGGGCGCUAGGAGAGGCGAGGAUAAUCUACUGCUUAUCGGCACCAACGAAAGGAUAUUGCUGUUCGAUCUAAAUCAGUGGUACAAGGAACAGAUGCCGCACACCAUCGGCGAGUGUCAAAAUCCGAACAGCAUAUUGGCGACGUAUCGUACGCGGUCGGACGCGGAUGAUCAGAUCGUAAGCUUCGCGUACGUCCCGUUGAGCUUGCAAGAAUUUCCUAGCAACGGUCCGAGCUCUCCCGAGGAACUCUUCUACCCAAACUCUUUGUCGCUCGAAUGGAUAGAGCUGAGCACGACGAAACUCACAUUCUGGAUGACUCGCGGUAUUCAGGCGGAUCUGCUGCGCGAAAUAGCUUUGGCGGGACCGAUUAUACUGAUACAGCCAUCCGAAACGUUUCACAAGUGUCUCUCCGUGGGGCUGGUGCCGUUUAAUUCGGAAUUCUCGUUCACCAGCGACCAGAACGCGCAGCGAGAGAUGCUGCUAUCGCUCUGCUUGGAGCAACGGUGGUCAACUUUUUUGGUGAAAUGCGCCGUGGAGUGGUCGGACGGUAGUGCCUCAUACUUGUAUCCCACUUUCCUCAAGUGGGGCGUCCAGAGGGCCUCCGUGAUCAAAAUGAUCGCUGAUCGGCUCUGCGUUCCUCUGUUCGAUCAAUCGGGCAGCAGCAUCGGUGAGGCCGAUGUGAAGACUCUGCGAUUUUGCUCGCAACAGUUGGAGUGCCUCUCCGGUGUGGUAGGCAAGCUACCGUCCGCGACGGCAGACUUGACGAAACAACAAAGAACGCUGAAACGCGUGUCCACGUACUUUCAAGUGCUCCUUUGGUUCUACGACGUGGGACUGUUGCCCGAGACGCAGGACUUGGAGGAGGAGGGCACUCUGCGUAUCUCCUUAACGCUGAGAGUGCCUUAUCCCUAUGAGAAGCUCUCGGCGCUUUACAGAGAGAAACGAGCGCAGCUUCCAGCAGACAGCGGCGGUAACGAAAACGAGGAGGAUUUGUUCAUCGAUGAGCUGAUAACGCGCGAGUGUUCCGUAUUGAAGACACAGUGGGAGAGAGAAGGUGGCACCGUCAUGGCCGGCUACUAUCCACCGCCGUCGCUGCAAUCGUUGCUGCGAAGUUAUUUGGCUGAUUGUCAUCAGACGGAAGCAAAUGAGAUCAGCUGCAAGCAUCAGAUUACGAUUUACCUUCUGAUGGAUUUGGCUAUGCUGCUGCAACGGCUGUAUCCCGCGGUGGAUCAACUCAUCAAGUAUCCGUCUGCUUUCAAGAUGAGUCCCAGCCUCAUUAAGCUUACUCAGGCGUUCUGGCUACUUGACCACGAGGACUACCAGGGAUUUCUCGACAUGAUGACUGGGCAACUGGUCUCCGACUCUGACGUCCGGGAUUGGCAUCACAGGCUCAUUCUGCGCACCCUGGUGCGUAACAAUCAGCACAAACUGGCGCUCGUGUAUCUGCGCGUGAGGAAACCGCCUCUGUCCUCCAUGGAGGAGCAAGGUGUUGCUAUGAGCCUGUCUGUAGAACACGGUCUGGCGCAGUCGGCCUUCCAUCGCCGGCCACCCUGCCACUACGAACAGCUGCUAACCUGCUUCUUUCGAGCGUGCAAAAAAUACGGCAAGCUCACCGAGAUUCUACAUCUGGCGCUGGACUCCGAAGAGGAAGAGGUGUUCAUCAAGUUCCUCGAAGAGAACAAGACGGAGGAUUUGCGGCUACUGUACUAUCUGCAACGAUGUCGUUACACGGAGGCGAUUAGCGGCCACACUUUUCGGCAGUACGAGUCAAAUUUUACCAAAAAUAUACAGUCCACGUCACACAAUAUGCUCAGCGCGUACAAUACGACCUUACCGGACAUUAUAAAGCAAUUCUCCACGAGCACAGCUGCGAGCAACAUGGACGUGGAUCUAAAGGCGCGUUAUCCAAGACCGAUGUCGCAUUGCAAGAGCCACGACAAGUUGCGAAAUAUAUACGAAACGGUGAUCGCGAAAGCUAAGGAGACCUAUCUGCGAGGCGAAAAGUGUCAGAUCCCGUUCGUCAGCGCGCCUUGCACGUCGCUAAAGCUCAACAGUUACAGCGCGAACACGAACUGCGUGCUGUUCCCGGCACUGGCGCCCAAGAGCCGCGGCAAGCGCACGGUGGAUCAGAUUUACGAAGCAGAAGAUGCUAAUGUGAACGACACGCCGGACAACGCGAAACGUCGAAAACUGUCGGACGAGAACAUUUCACUGAACAGACAAGAUCCGAAGGAGACGGGAUUAACGGCGGUCUUCGAGACGCCUUUGGUAAAGCGCAAACUUAACGCGUCCGCGAAAGACAAGGAGACUGUGUCUGAGACGCCGCAGUCGAUCCUGAAGAUCAAGCAGCUCAUAAGAAACUGUCCAUCGCCCGAUGUCACGCUGUCCGAAACGGUCGAGGUCACCGACGGGCCGUCCGACAACGAGAGGGAAAAGAAAAUUAAUAGACAAAUACGAUUUAAUUUUAAUCAAUCCAAAAAAGCCUUAAUGUAUGAAGAGGAGGAGGAAGAGGAGGAGGAGAAAGAGAAGGAAGAAGAAAGCGGCAAUAAUCUGAGCGUCAGCGACGAGAUGUUCUUCAGCCCGAACGCGAACGAGAAAUCGGCGUACUACGAAAGCACGGUUCUGAGCGACAAUAGUAGCAUCUCCAGUAGCAUGUACCGCUACGCUCGUCCGCGACCCAGUCUCAGAAGAAGUGCCUUAUCGCUUGUAGAAUCGCCGCAGGCGUCUUGCGCGACGAAAGCGAAUGACACGUCCGUAAACUUGUCCGCGAUCACGUCGUCGUGUCACGACGACGUUAAGAAACAGUCGUUCGUUUCGAAUACAUCGACGAGAUGCGACUCACUCAUGACCUCCAUUUAUUCCUCCUCUGUGCUAGACUCUGACACCAGCGUCGACAUCACCUUUUUGAAAAAACCAAAUCGCAGCAGCAACCAGUCGCGACGGAAAUCUUCCACGGAAAUGGAUUAUAACAAUAAAUCUAUCAUUUCGUCGACUCCUAUGAUGAAAAGUAAAGCUCCUGAGCCACGCGUUAAAGUGGACGACGAGGAAAAGAAAUUUGUCUUGCAGCUCAUGCAGGAACUUGAUGCUACAGAUUUGAGCAAUUCCGAGAAGGUUUUGAAUAUCGAACACCCUGAUUACGGCAGGAGCGAUCUUCCAGAACGACGAGAUAGUUCAGAGAAAGACUCGGCGCAAGGUAAGAGUCAGCAGAGCGAAACCAGAUACAACAACGGAAGCAUUGCGAGGAAAGAGAGUCCGAGCUUGCAGAAUCUUUACGAGGAGCAGCCCGCGUCCACCGAAAUCGAGAUGGAAGCCGCGGAAAUCGUCUCGGACGAAUCCGACGAGGAGCUACUUCGAUUGCAGGACACUGAGGAAGAAGACGAUGAACACGAAGAGGAGUUUGAGAGUGUGUCUACGGUUCAGGAAGACGUGCAGGAGAUGGAUCCCGUUAUCUCUUCGUCUGAGAACUGGAAUUUGCAAUGCGGAACAGAAGAGCACGGCGCCGCGAAGUCGAACGGCUUGCGAGAAUUUAUGCAAGUGAUGGCUAACGUUGAUUUCACCGACGACGAGUCCACGAAAAGCAGAGGCGUAACACCGGUGAUAUCGGACAAGACGGGUAAUAACGAGAAAGAGAACUACUCGUUGCCAAUUGUUCCUUCACAUGAUAUAUUGUGUGACAUGUCGAAUAUCACAGACGACGAAUCGGAUUCCAAUACCAGAGAAAUUGAAAAGCCGAAGGCGAAGAAUGGCAGAGUCUCGAAUUUAACAGAACAACAUGUGACGCAGAGUGUCGACGCAGAGAAGAACAGCGAAUCCGAUGAAAGGAGUCGGAGAUCGAGUAGGAGAGAAAGUGUCUCGAAAAAGAACGCGAGUCAAAUUUUGUCACAGCCUGAUGUCGAUAACGAAUCUAGGAGCGUUCAUUCGAGCCGUAAAGUAGACCGCAGUAGGCUUGAAAUGUCGACCGAUUCUCAAAAGCUCAAGGAAUCGAUUGAAUCUCAGGAAAAGCUGUCGGAGACCAAAAGUUCCUCGACUAGUAAAAGAAGUCAAAUUGAAACCACGAAAAGUCCGGUUGUAAUGUUGACCAAAUUGACAACGAAAGAUGCUACGGUGAAUACCUCGCUGCAACAAGAGGAACCGGAAAGAGUCACCCGUCUACGAACUCGAAGAGGGAGUUCGGUGACGAAAGAUUCACCGUCGCGAAGUAUCACGGAAUCUUUGCGAUCGCGAAGAGCGAGCUCGAUGGCGAAAGACGCGCCGGUGGAUUCUCCGUCGCAAGAUGCAGACGCCGAGGAGCCUCCUCCGCAAUUGCACAGGGCGACUUCGGACACAUUCGGAUCAUCAGAGGCUUCGUCGCAAGAAACGAAUUACGAUAAACCGCCACGAUUGAGGAGAGCAGGUUCGAUAACAAAGGAUGUGGAUUCUCCGUCGGGAAAACCGCGUGGUCGAAGAGCGAGUUCUCUUGCAAAGGAAGUGCUUAUAAGCGUGGAAGAUCUCGCGACUCCGUCGGAAAAAUCGGUUAGAAGAAACAGCAGAUCUAUAUCCGUGACGAAAGAGAUUGAGGUCAAGGACAACGACACCGAGAGCGUCAAGGAUGAUAUACCGGUAAGGAGAAGCACGAGACUUGCUUCCGUAAAGAGGGAAUAUAAUUCUUCUAAGGCAGACACACAGAAAAGCCUUGCGAAGUCAGAGAGUGAACUCGUAAAGCUGACGAGCGAUGACGAAGAGGAUAAAAAUACGAGGAAGAGGUCCCUACGCGCGAGGACAUCUUCAGUGUCAUCUGAUACGGAGAAACCGACCACGAGCAGAUCUCUAAGAUCGUCCACGAGGGAUUCCAAAGAGGAAUUGGAGGAGGUAGAAGUUAAGACAAGACGAAGACGUGGUAGUUCAGUGCCUAAGGAAGCUACAGCGCGAACCGCAAGGAUACGUAGAUCCAGCAGUAUAAUAAAGGAAAUUAUCCCGGAAGAAGCCGAACCUCCAGAAGAGAAGACUGAGUCGCGGAGACUCAGAAGUUCCACUGCGAGGACUGCGAACGAGGUUGUGAAUAAACUGACGACGCGCAGCCGAAGUGCGUCGUUGCUAUCGAUACCGGAAGAAUUGGAGGAGAUUUUAAGUCCGUCGUUGAGGGAAACGAGAUCCACCAGAAAGAAGGAGGCUUUGAAAACCAACACCAGAAGAAGAAGAGCGAUUAGCGUUGACGUGCCGCAAAACGAAUUGAAGAAAAGGGUCAGAAAUAUUCACUCGAGAAAUCUCGCGUCGCCAAUCAUAGAAGAAUCGGUGGAUGAGAAGAUUCAACUUCAAGAAGAUGACAAGUCGGAGAACGAAGAAACUCCUGUACCUAGAAGAAGGGCGGCAUCGAUGGUCAAGGAGAUGGAAAAAGUCACGGAGAAGCGGAAGCGAGGCAAGACCAGUGCUAAUGAAGAAUCCAGCAACCUGUUUUCCUUUUCGCAGCCGGAGAAGACGGAUGACAUGCCAUUGGAUGAGAAAGAUAUAGGAGAAGUCCCGAAUUACGUGUUCUCAUUACCGAAAUCUAAAAUUCCUCCGGAUCAGCCUCGUAGAAAAAUAGGCUCGUUCAUACCGAGUCCUUAUCAACAAGGAGAACAACAGCCCAUUAUCUGGAAACCUGACAUCAAGCCUUGUCCCCGUUUAACUAUAAAUAGUUUCAAAACGCGACUUCGGGAAAAAUUCGUUAUACGUAAAAGAUCUAAAAGUACAGAUUAAACAGUGAGCUUUCCCGAAAAUUCUGAUAAAUUAUCGCGCAUCUUUUCGGUUUAUAAAUCUCUCAAUGCUUCUAAAUUUGAUUCAUAUUUUUCUUUUGGCUUUAAUAUAUUUUUUAUCUAUUUAUGUCAAUUAAAAUUGCCUAUAUAUAUAUA